UAACCAGUGAAUUGUUUGCGUUUUAACUUUUUCAACACUUUAAUAAAAUACACUUUUUUAAUAACUUACAGGAACUUAACACUUGACAGUUCGUGCCUUGUUUCCUGUGUCAUUGUGUACCAAUCUGAUUCGUUUGAUGAUAGGGAAGAAUUACCAUGUACACGAUAGCAAUUACAUAUAUUGUAAUUCACUUUUUCUUUUUUUUAAAUAAAUUCCAAUUGGAUCGCAAAGAUAAUUUUAUGGUGCUUGAUUUUCAGUGGUUAGAAUCAUGAAAGGAAUUUAUUUUCCUGGGUGUAAAAAAAUGAGCGUAAACCAGAGAAGGAAUGGUACACAUAUGAAAAUACAGUUGCCAUUAUGAAGGUUUUAUGACAUAGGAAUUCGACUAUAAUGAGAAAUAAGACUGCAUAUCGCGUGUUGUGCGAAUUGGACGAAAAAGAAAAUGCUCUCCCUGUGUACUUUCAGCUGGUAAUGGGUAUUGUAGGAAACGUUUUAGCGGUGGGGAUUUUGUGGACGAGCCGUUUACAUCAUCAGUGGCGGUCUUUCUACAUCUUUUUCGCAGGCCUGGUGAUGACGGACUUGCUGAACAAUUGUGCUUGCUAUCCCCUUGUCCUUCGAAGAUACGUGUCCCAUUUCACCUGGUGUUUAUCCGAACCAUUAUGUGAUUUUCUUUCGUUCGUGGAGACAUUUUGUCACUUGACUUCCGGCAUGAUCGUCUGCGCGAUGACAAUUGACCGAUAUCUACAUUUAACACUGAUAUCUCGGCAGUCCACUGCCGCAUCGAGACUGAAAUAUUUAGGAGUAUUGAGCGUUCUCUUGUUGGUAUCAGCCCUGAUAUCUAGUUUUCAACUUGUUGGCAUCGGAAACAGUCAACUUUAUUACCCGGGUUCUUGGUGCUUUCUAGAUUUUACCAGCAAGUCUUUUGGCAAUAGAAUUGCUGCCUAUGUAUAUUCGGGAUUAGGGAUCUCAAUUAUGACUUCGACGUUUAUCAUCGGUAUGAUGACUCUGAGAAUAACGUGCAGGAACGCAGAAAAUCAAGCAUUGCUACUCGACAACUCUCUAGUGUCCGGAGUUUAUGACAAGCACGUGACAGCAUUUCUUAUAACUUCGAUAUUCACCUUUGUUUUCCUAUGGGGACCUCUUCUUAACUACGGGGUCGAUUUCAAUCAAACUUGGCACAGAGCAUCACUGUGUGAAGAAUAUUCAAGUUUGUUCAAAUGAAGGGCCACACCCUCUUUAAGGGAUUCCAGUUUGUUUAAAUGAUGAUCCUUGGGG